GCAAGCGUCUCGUCUGCUGCUGCUGCGGCUGGUUCGCUCGUCGCGGAGUGCACGCACGCACUCGCACACGCACGCCACGACGACCCGCCGGCGGCACGCACGCACCGCAGCAACAUGGCGGCCGACCGACCGAAACGCCGCCGCUCCCCCCCGAAACCUGCUAUCCACCCACCUACCCGAGCGGCGUUCGCGUGCAGCUGCCUGCCUAUGCCGCCGCCGCCGCUAACCGAACGCGCUCCGUGACGCCGUGACGGCGGCAGCCCUUCGUCGCGGUCGCCGCGCCGCCACGGCCACCAGUUGUCAUCCAUGCCGUCGCCAGCGAGCACGCCGAGUGCGCAACGACGAAAACGCCGCCGCCGUGACCAUUAUCCGCUUCACCAACAACCAUACUACAAUCCUUAUCCCGGCGCCGUCAUAUCGCUACCGGCAGACACCACUACCACUUCGUUGUCACCUGUGGCCCUAGCCACCGCCGCCGCCGUAGCUUCGAACGCCGCCACCACGGCAUCGUCCACGGCGUCCGUUGUGGCCGCCGCAAUGGCGAUCGCUAACGAGACCAACAUCGAUCUGAUUAUGAUCAACAAGAUCAAGCAGCACCAAGUGCUUUACGACACGGACGAGGACCAGUACAAGUACAUCGACAAGAGGGACAAGGCGUGGAAGGAAGUGGCAGACGAACUUGGCAUGCCGGUUAACGAUGUCAAAUUGCGCUGGAAACGUUUACGUGAUAAUUUUCGAGUGUCCAUCAAACGCACCAAAGGUUUGAAUCUCAAACCCGGCCUACCGUUCGUCGAGGGCAAGCCUUGGAAGUAUCAAAAAGAGAUGGAAUUUCUCUUACCCUUUAUGCAAAUCGGAGGGUAUUCUCUGAAGAAAAUGCUGAACUUGGAACACUCGCCCACCCAGGACUACGCGGGCGUGUACGACGACAGCAAGACGGACGGGUCGUCCAGCCCGUACAACAACAUGUCGUACGACUACGACGAGAUGCCCGAGCCCCGGGUGGAAAUGAAAGAGAUGGCGGGCAACUACUCGAACGACGAGGGGGGCGUGGACGACGAGCUGCUGUACCCGGACGUGGAGAUCCUGAGCAACGGCAAGCACGAACCCCUGCACCGGGUGGCGAAGCGCGUCAAGCGGUCUGCGGAAGCCGCUGCCGCGGCGGCCGCCAAGGAGGCCGACUCGUCCGCCCAGCUCAAGCUCAACCAACACCACAUGAACCACUAUUACCAUAUACAACAGCAACAGCACAGCCACGCCAAGGUGCACCCCGUCGACCUGUUCUUCUACAGCAUGGCCGAGACGACCAAGGGCUUGCCCCAGGCGUACCAGGCGGAAAUCAAACGCCGCGUGCUCGAGAUCGUGAUCAAGGCCGAAGAAGAGAUGAACAAAAAUAAAAACUACGAAUGAAUGUGGUACAAUCGACAGUCGACAGUAUCCYCCUCGCUCUCUUACUCUCUCCUCUCUCUAUGAAUAAGCCUUUUCGCUUUUGUACCACUCUCUUUUUUAUACUUUAUGUAUUAUGAUAUUAUUAGCGUUUUUGAAGUCAUUAACUCGGAAUUUUUUGGUUGAGAUGUUGACCGUUUAUCGUUCUCAUAUUUAUUUUAAGAUCAAAUCGCUAAAUUUAUUAUUAUUAUUAUUAUAUGAUUAUUAUUUUGUUUUGUGAAUUCCAAUUAACGUUCCAACAAUGAAUUCCAACAUUACGUGUUGCAGUUAUCGAACGGUCGUUAUACGAUGUCCUGAAACGUCCAAUGCCAAUUAUUAUUAUUACACAUCACCUUAGAAUUAAGAGAUWAUUAUUUAUAUUAUUAUUUUUAGACUCGUGGAGAUAAAUGACGGGUAUAUAUUAUAUUUUUUAUACUUAAUAACGUGAAUGCUGGGAAGCACUCUAAAAGAAAGUUUUUGUAAUAUAAACAUUCCGAAUUUCGCCACCAAACUGGCUUUGUGAUAAUAAUAAUGUGUUAAAUAUUUAGUACCUAUGACCAUAUUACAAAAGUUAUGCAUUCCAUUGUAGUGUACUUAAUAAUUAUACAGUGUAUUUCAAUAUUAUUAGUGUAAGUCUGAAUACUUCAUACCUAUUAAGCUCAUGUAAAGAUAAUUAUAUAUAUUUUUGCUCAAACAUUCUUUGCCUAUACAGAGAAUGUAUGUACCAAUGUUUAGUGUACAAAAUUUACAUGUUAUGCAUAGAUUUAAUAAGUAAGAACACUAUUUAUACCAUGACAGACUUAUUAUAAUUGUUUUUUAUUAAUGUAUUAAUUUGUCAGAAAUUACAAUCAUUGUAAAUAAUAAUAA